GGUCAGCCAAAUGUCCCACAUGCCUUUUCACCCCCGGCAAGCGGGGGGCGGCAGUUUUUCGCCUCGUUGUCCUCUCGUUAUUACUCGCCUGCCAACGUUUUGAGUCUUUGUGCGACGCUUUCGUGGCGGCAGCGUGCGAUCACGUCAUUGGAACUAUUUGGGAAGUCUCGGCUGCUCUUCUGGGGCAGCUUCUUGGUGAGAUGUCCCUGCGCUAGAAAAAAGCGGAGCAGUUGGUCUUUGGUACAGAGCAUGUUUUUCGUUGGCCCAUGUGACAAAUCUCGCGGCGUGGAGGGUUGGCGAGGUAUGGUGAUUUUAUUCCUGCUGUUGCACAUCACAUUCGGCGGCGAGCACGGGGGGAAUGUCAGAGGGGUUGGGCUGUCUGACAAGGCUCGGAAAGUUCCCAGCCUUUUGAGAAGUUCUCCAAGCCUGGCCCGAAGACGCAGAUUUUUUCAGGACGCGCGAGGGCGUCUGCGAAGCGCCGCCGCCUUUGAGAAGGCCUCUCCCUCUCACUUCCCCCCUCGCUCGCCGCCGACUUGCUCAUGCUGCUGUCCCUCCCGCAUCACCUCUCACAUUUUCUCCCUUGUCGAAGGCGUGAUUUUGCCCCUCGCGAGCCGAAAGGAGCACGGCCACGGCGACCGAGGGACGGGCACCACAACAUUCUCUGGGCGCCGGGGGAUCCUCGGCGCUCGUGCGGUGGGUCAUGGGGGUGCGAUGGAGGGGGGUGGGUGAAGAAAGGCCCACCUCUCGUGCCCCAGAGGGGCCCUGAAGGUAAGGGGGCCCCCCAGGGGCCCAAAAGAAGGGGCACGACAGGUGCACGCUUCUCCCCUCCAUUCCACCCCCCCCAUGGAUCGCCCCCGCAGCGCCCAAGGUGCUGCCUCUGUCCUUGUGGUGCUGGUGGCCACGGCGCUCGUCGCGACUGUGCAGCGAGCGCGGGCCGGUGCCUCGACUGCGUCUUUCCGGGCCCCGUCGCUGGCCAGCAGGGUUGGACCUUGGUCCACCAAGAUGCGCACAGGCUGCAGCAACUGGGACCAGGUUUACAUCGCAAGCGGCAUCUAUGACAGCGAGCACGCGUGCGGCAACGCCUGCAGCCGAUUUCCCGGAUGCAAAUCGUUCAAUUACCAGCCUCAGAAUUGUUCGAAUCAGGGGCCGAACACUGGCACGCUGCGGAAGACGUGUGUCUUCCAGUCUGGGGAUUGUGACGAGGUCUUCAACGCGUGUUGGGACUUGCACAUCAUGGACUCUCCGAAGGAGGCACCUUUUUGCCUCUCGUCCACCAGGACGGGGACGGGGUGCUCGAACUGGAAGGAUGCGCUGAUCAGUCGGCACGCGAACGUGAGCAACGUUCACGCCUGCGCAAUGAAGUGCACGGCGCUCGGAGAUCAGUGCAGGUAUUUCAGCUUCAUGCCCGGCCCCGGGCACUGCGAAGUGGACCCAGGGACUUGUUUGUUGUUGAACGGCGGCUGCAACACUGAGGAGGACAAUUGUUUCGACUACUAUGAAGCCAAGCCGUGCAGCACAUUAGCAAUAGUCUGAGGCAAAGGGAUGCCUUCUAGAUUUUGCAUUCGGCCGCGCUUCUCUCGUCUAGCCGUACUGGUCAGCCAGCCUCCGUGUGAGGAGGUUUGGUGGCUUAUCGAUCUUCCCACUGCAAGUAGGAAGCUCCAGAGUAUUCCCGAUGCUGCGCAUGGAGCUAUGGAUACCAGAGUCGCCAGAGCAGAAUAACCUCUGUUACUUCUCGGUGAUCCGCUCCACUCCCCGUGCCUCCCUCCUUCGUGGGGAACGGAUUACCAGAGCGAUGGUGUAGCUCGUUGUGGAUUGAGGAAUUUAGAUUGGAGGACUUGGCGAUGGUCUUGUACAGAUGCAGGCCCAGUUCAUACUGGCAGACGCCACGUUACUUCCUAUUUUGAAUUUCUGUUGACUUCGGUGUUUCUCUGCAGAAUUCGGCGUUGCCUCAUUGGGCUCAACCCCAACCAAAAUUAGUCUCCGCAUCCAGGCGCGUCUAAAGUGCAAUUCUGCAUCCUAUCGUACGUUCCUCGCCCACUUCCUCACGCUCUCGCUCCCCAGGAUCAUGCGGUGGCUCUGGCUGCGGCCUUCCCAUCCUCAACUCACCAUUGAUACCAUCGCUAUUCGUAGCCUGCCUUGUUUCAAGUGCAUUGUGCCAAGAGCCCGUGCUUGCUCAGACCAUGCGGCUGUUUUGGCACCAGCCAAUGCAACCGCCCAGCGUGCCAACAUUCGAAUAAGCAGGCGCUGAACGUUUGGAGGUCCGUGCGUAUUUCUUUGAUCGGAGAUGGUCCAGCGCUGGUCCAAGAAAUCCGCGCGGACCUCUGAAAGUUGUUAUCUAAGAACUAUUUGUUGCUCCGAUCGAUCAGUUUCCAGUGUUCGUUCGAGCUGCAAUGCUGCGCACACCAUUACACUUUUCACGGUGAUGCGCUUGCACUUGGCUUUCUUGUUGGGGCUCACCAUGGCCCCACUCGUUCCAUCAUCGUCGAGGCUCUCCCGCAGCCCAGAAGCCAGGCAGUGCCGACGCCGGCGGACUCUAAACGAAAGGCCCAAGGCC